AUAAAAGGUGUUUGAUGAUCUUGGCUUUCAGGCAGUGAAGGAGUAGGCUUUUACCUUUUAGAGAAGUGAGUAUGUCGAUAAAGCAGCUGGAUGGAUUUGUCCCACUGCAGCCCGAGCUGUGAGGCAACAUGCCCACUGAACCAGUCAUAACAAGAAGCAUAAAACCAUUUCCUUCAAGAAGACGCUGGUGGUUUCUCUUUUUUUUUUUUUCAUCUUUUGACAUCGGUGAACAUUAGUCACUUGAAGACUCUGCACUGGAUGACGCCCAGGCACCCUCCAGUGAAUCCACCUCAGGUCAGCUUUAUGAGGACAGGCACAAACUUGGAAGUGGCGAAAUGAUAGAUUACAAACAUCUGCCAGAAGAAAAAAAUAGCGCAAUUAACACACAGGAACAGGAAGUGGGAUCUACAUGAUCAUCAGUUUGUGUGUGUCUGUGUGAGUGUGUGUGUGUGUGUGUAUGUGUGUGUGUUUCAGUAAGGUGCAUGUGGGAACCUAAGUACCUACCUGUGCUGUUGGAUAAUGUCUCUGAAACUACCUCGCAACUGGGACUUCAGCACCUUCAAGGCUGAGACGGCUCGGAUAGCCCGAUCCAAGAGCGUGAUUCCUGGAGAGGGUGCCCCUGGAUCGAGCUCACCACUCUCUCCCAGAUCCAUGGAGAGGCCCCUGAAAGCCGGCUGGCUAAAGAAACAACAGAGGUCCUUGGUGAAGAACUGGCAGCAGCGCUACUUUGUGCUGAGAGGAAGCACUCUGACCUACCACAAAGAUGACAAGGAGACCACUGUGCAGGGAGUUAUCCAGAUGCGCUUCAGCAAAGUCAGUGAACUCCCACCAAGUUCAGAUGACCCUGGAAAGUUCCUCUUUGAGAUCACACCACGUUCGACUGGAGACAGGGAGCGAUGUCCGUAUGUUCUCAUGGCCAACUCCCAAAGUGAUUUAGACGACUGGGUGCGUACACUGCGCAGAGUCAUUGGAGUACCGACGAGUGGAGUGUUUGGAAAGAGUCUGAUAGACACUUUAACAUAUGAACAGCGCUUCGGACCUCACACAGUACCAAUCCUGGUGCAGAAGUGUGCAGACUUCAUAAUAGAGCAUGGGCUGAAUGAGGAGGGAAUCUUCCGCCUUCCUGGUCAGGACAACACUGUCAAACAGUUUAGAGAUGCCUUUGAUGCAGGAGAAAGGCCCUCCUUUCCCAGUGAAACAGAUGUCCACACGGUGGCGUCACUGCUCAAGCUGUACCUGCGGGAGCUGCCUGAACCUGUGGUGCCAUGGUCACAGUACCAUGACUUUUUGGACUGCACCCAUUUACUGGAUCCCUGCAGCCAAGAGGGCUGGGAAAAACUGGAAAAACAAAUAGCUCUUCUCCCCAGAGCCAACUACAACAUUCUCAGUUAUGUCUGUCGGUUUUUGUUUGAGGUGCAGCGACACUCCAAUGUGAAUAAGAUGAAUGUGGAGAACCUGGCUACUGUGAUGGGAAUCAACCUUCUCAAACCUCAGAUAAAAGAUCCAGUCACUGUAAUGAAGGAGACUUCUCAGAUCCAAAAGCUCAUGACAGUGAUGAUCAGACAGCAUGAAACUUUGUUUCCUAUCUCCAAAGACAUACUUCCACCCUCCCCUUCAAAUAAGGCUGAAACUCAGAAGAAUACCCCUCGAAGCUUUGUGGGCUGGGAGUCUGCAGAGCUGGGAGAUGCAUCUAUGUCUGAGUCUCCCGAAGAGGAGGAGGAUGCUGAUAGUCCAGCUCCACUAAGAAGUGACUUCAGCUCCAAGGUAUUCCUCCAGGAGCCGUCCUCACCUGGCUCAGACGACUGGUCUGGAAGUCCCCGCAAACGCACCCAGACCCUACCCUCCUUCAACUGCCCCCUCACUGGGAUGGCAGCCAAGGCAGAUGCCCUUAACAGGUGGAGCCGCAUCCAUGAAAGCGGGGAGGAGAAGAGCGGGACUUUUUCUGAGGACAUUUUCAAAAUCCUUGACCUGCGGACUUCAGGGUCAUUUUUUGGAGGAUCUAAGAUAAACACCAAGGAGAGUGAGAGUAGAUUAACGGAACGAAGGGGAACUGACAACACAUGUUCUUCUACUGCUGGCUCCCAGAAACCUGAAAGUAACCUCCAGCCUGGGCGGGUGUUGUCUCACCAGAAGAGCGUGGACAGCCUGAUGGUGAACAGGCCAGUGCAGCAGGUCAACAGCAUGCCAGAACAGAUGGAUGACCCUGAGCAGCUUGUAAAGAACUUGCAACAGCAGAACAAGGAGCUGAAGGCCGCCGUAGCAGAGCUCCAGGCUGCUCUGGAGGCAGAGCGCCGCCGUGUGGCAGCUCUAGAGAUCUGUUUGAAGAACGCAGAACGCAACAGAGACGAGGCCUAGAGACGCAAUGACGAAUUGCAAAGAGACAUUCAGCAGUUCCUUGUCCAAGAAAAACAAGCUCCUACUUAAAAUGAGUUUGUCAACAGUCUAUGUAUUUAUAAGUCUGAUAACUUUACCAGAACUAAUUUAAAAGUAACCGUUUGACACUGCUGGAAUAUUUUAUUUCAUUUCUGUUGGACAUUGGAGAUAAGUUAUGGGUUCAUUUGAUUGUGCUUCUGAGAAAAGUCUAAUGUCACUGUUAGAGACUUUAAAGUUGAGCAGAUGCCUCCUUAGCAUCCAGUCGCUGUUAUCGGGUGCAGCAUUUACACAGAGCGUAUAGAGGGAAGGAAGAGCCACACCUGUGAGGAAUGAAAAUAACUUGGGAAUACAUGACUGAACAACAGGAGCUCUCUGAAAACUCUUCAAUCAGAUUCAGCAGGACUGUGUAGAAGCUGCUGAGAAUGUCACAAGGAUGGCACAUUAGAUAUCCAUGUCUUCUAUCGCGAGUCAGUGAAAAGCACAAAUUGAAGCCGUUUUAUGGACAAGCAAAAAUCUUCCGUCAGCAUUGUUCUAUAUCAACAACCAUAAGGGCUGUUUUAGAUACAUAUAUAUUUUUUUUUUAAUUAUGUAAAAAACCAAUUUAAAUAUCCUGGGAAGGGCUAAGAUUACUGAAAAUUGAAAACAAGAAUGUUGUGUAAGAAAAGAGUUUAAUGGUUGAAUAAAAACACAGAAAGCAAUA